AUGGCUAUCCAAACACGGGCCAAGAUUCCAGUUCUUGAUUUUUCUAGUGAGGACUUGAAGCCUGGUACAGGUUCAUGGUUCUCAAUGCGCAAACAAGUUUGCCAUGCACUUAAAGAGUAUGGUUGUUUUGUAGUAGAACUUGGCCAUAAAGUUUCUUUACAACUUUACAAUAAAAUCUUUGAUGCAGUGGGUGAGUUGUUUGAUUUUCCCACAGAAACCAAAAAGAAAAUCACUUAUGAAAAGCCUUUCCACGGCUAUGCCUCUAGUGCUCUCCACGAACGUUUGGUGAUUGAUAAUUUGUCACCUUAAAGAGUUGUGAAAAAAUGGUGAAAUUUGUUUGAGAUUGCAGAUUCAUAUGUGAAGCAGAUGGAAGAAUUAGAUAAAAUGGUGAUGAGAUUGGUAUUUGAAAACUAUGGUGCAGAGAAAUACCAUAACUCUCACAUGGAAUCAACUACUCAUACUGUCGCAUUUCUAAAUUAUAAUGAACCUCAAAAGACAGGGACCAACACAGGCCUUAAAAACCACACGGACAAACACUUCACUUUCAUACUUCAUCAAAAUCGUAUAAAGGGCCUUAAGAUAAAAACUAAGAAUGAUGAAUGGAUUGGUUUUGAUCCCUCCCCUUCCACCUUUAUAUUCUUAGCAACUGAUGCACUCCAGGUAUGGAGCAAUGACAGGAUACAAGCUUGCAUCCAACGAGUUACACUGAGUACUGAAAAUGAGAUUAGAUAUUCACUCGAGUUGUUUGCAUUCAAUGAUGGGUCAAUAUGUGUGCCAGAAGAAUUAAAUUUUGAUGAAGAUCACCCUUUACAAUACCGUCCAUUAAAUAUUCUUGAAUAUUUCAAAGUACAAAAAGCACAAGCUAGUCACGGAGAACUUUCAGUCAAAGCCUUUUGUGGUGUUUGA